GCGCACGCCUUGCAGGCUCGCCCCAUCAGCCGUGGCUGGGUUGACUGCAGUGGUCAUGCUGCUGCCAGGGCUGCUCGUGGCUCUCCUUCCCGCCAUCGCUGUCAUCGUCAGCAUCAUGCCACUUGCCAGGAAUGCUUGGCGUGUCACCACUGCAAAGGACGUACCACGUGACAACCAGCAAGUCAACCUCCCUCUCAUGCUUCCCUGUGCUUCCCUCCCUCAUGUCAAUGUCACUGCUGCUUGUCAGAAUGGCACAUGCGGUCCUUUCGCUCAUGCCCAUGCCAUUGCUUCCUCCCUUCAGCAUGCCGACGCUCUCAAUGUACCUCUGCACUCCCUGCACACCCUGAUAAGAGGGCUGGUGGAGGAGAGGGAGAGGAAGUUCGCAGCUGUGAAGAGGGAGUUGGAUAAGGCUGAGCGGAGGAGAGCAGCGGAUGUGAAUGAGCUGAGAGGGCUGCUGGAGGAGAAGGAGAGGGAUCUGGAGGAGGCUGAAGGGAGACAAGUGGCAGAGAUGAGGGAGAUGAGAGGGCAGGUGGAGGAGAGGGAGAGAGAGCUGGCUGCAGUGCAGAGAGAGCUGGCUGCAGUGCAGAGAGAGCUGGCUGCAUACAAGGAUAUUAUGAAAAAAUAUCCAGAUCUGAUUGUUGAGCUGUACAUCAGGGAGAGUGAAGGGAACACAAAGGCUGCAUGGGAGGUGAGUGCUGAGCAAAGUAUUUGA